AUGGCAGCUAGCCUGGGAUUUGUUGUUGCAAACAAUGGAACAACACCUACCUUUCAAAGGGCCAAUGCUGAAUCUGUGAUUGAUAUCACAUUUGAGAGGUUAGGACGAUGCACAAGGAUGAUCAAUUGGAAGAUUUUGGAGGCCUAUUCCAGUAGCAAUCAUAAGUACAUCACGUACGAAUUGAGAGCGUUCCCAACCCAACCGGAAGACACCCCUGUAGAAAGGCAUUCGGUAAGUCUGCGGCAAUGGGCGUACCGGAACCUGGACCACGCAGCUCUAGAAUUUUAUCUUCGGAACGAACCUCCCCCACAAGUUGACAACAGCACGACGCCUGACCAAGCAGCAGAAGCACUGGCGCGAUACCUGACGGACGCUUGCAACAGCUGCAUGCCUUUGAGGCCUGUUCUAACAUCGAAGAGGCGCCCUGUUCACUGGUGGACGGCAGAAAUUGCCUUGCUGAGAAGCAAUUGUUUUUCAGCAAGAAGAAGAUAUCAAAGGGCAGCAAGGAGGGUCGAAGCAGAACGAGCCACGGCGCUACAGACAGAGUACAGGACACUUAGGAAAGAGCUAAGGCUGGCUAUCCGCAAAGCACAAGAAGCCGACUGGGCUGACAUGUGCAGAGCGGUUGAUAACGAUCCAUGGGGCUUACCGUAUCGCGUGGUCACUAGGAAAAUCGGCCGUUCUCCAGCUGGCAUGGAGGCGAGGGGAAAAGAGGGUGAAAUCGCAGGUCACCUUUUCCCAAACCUAUCUGCGACAGACUGGACCACUGCACCAUCACCAGAGGAACCACUCCUGGAUUCAUGCAACAGGUUAUUGUCAGGCAAAGCCCCUGGACCUGACGGUGUACACAACGAUGUAUUACGCCAGCAACAACGGUCCAUACUCAAGUAUUUCUUGACCAUUUCAACGUCUGCCUCCGAAAGAGUUCCCAACCUGUUGGAAAAAGGCCAGGCUGUUUCUAUUACACAAGGGCCCAGGAAAACCGACAACAGACCCAUCCAGCUACCGGCCGCUCAACAUGCUGGACGCAAUCGCCAAAGUGCUUGA